AUGUCCAAGCGAAAGCCGACUACCACUGCAGACUAUGUAAAACCGCCACUUGCAUCCACUUUCAACCCAUCGCGUCCUCCCAUCAACAUGACCUCAACCGUGGGCGGCCCUACAACGACUUCCAAUAUCGAACAGCUGUGCAAUGUCUUUUAUCAUGGAGAAUACCACCGAGCUAUUGCCCUGUCAAACACUCUGCAACACGAUUUAUUGUAUACAUUAUUGACAGUACUCAAUGUGCGUGCCCGUUCUCUUGCUCAAUGUGGACUUUUCGAACAAGCCAUGGAGGAUGCCAGGUUCAUGAUGGAGCAGGCACCAAAGCUAGCAGUGGGCUAUCUAUGUGGUGGAUGGAUCUAUGCUAUGCAAGGUCGCCAGCGUGCCGCCAUAGAGAUCUAUACGCUUGGAUUGGAGCAUGUACAACCAGACUCUGAUGAAGAAAGCUAUGCACAGUUACAACAAGGGAAGGCUACAGCCGAGAUACAGCAAUCCAAACGUAUCGACUUCAUAUCCAAGUUGCCAUUCGACAUUUUGCCCAACGUAGUAUCAAGAUUCUUUUACAACCACAUGCCAGGAGAACACGUGUAUUAUCUCGACAUAUCCCGUACUUGGAGAGAUCGCAUCUAUCAAUGUACAAAGCAUUCCCUGCGCUUUAUCGGUUAUCAACUCGCUGAUAAUUACACACGUCUUGUGGAAGCUGCACCCUACGUCAGUGAACUCGCCAUCUCAAGCGUAUCUCAUGCACCCAAUGAUGUUUUGGAUCAAUUACGACAUGGUAGUUUCCGGUCUCUCAGGGUACUCAAGUUAACAUAUUGUCCAGUGGAUAAUCCUUCAUUGUUACUCGAAGCGCUUACUCAAGUCAGCGACACGCUCACAAGCAUCAAUCUCAAGCUGAAACCCGAUGAGAUAUCAGCAGGAACAGUACUCUCAGUGUGCCACAGAUUGAAUUCGCUCGUUUAUUCAGGUGGAUUGAUUGAGGAUAUCGAUUUGCGUAAUGUACCAGAAACACUUGGAUUGAAACGGUUAUCAUUGCAUGUGGAGGAAGGGAUUCGAUCAUCAACAUUACAACCUAUUCUACGUCGAUGUCCAUCGCUUGAGCUAUUGGAAGUGGAUCGCUGCUUGGAUGCCAAUUGCUUGGAUUUGAUUCGCCAAUAUUGCCCUGAUUUGCUGUACCUGAAUUUUAAUGCUGUCAAUGGUGGACGUGAGACAUGGCCUGAAUUGCCACGAAUUGAAGACGAGGAUGGUGGUGGAUUGCAGGUUCUUGAAAUUGCACGCAUUGAUGACGCGACGACCGAACACUUGAUUGCAUACAUGGAGGAAAACAUGUCCAAUUCGUUACAAGAGCUUUCAUUAUCAAGCAUUGCUCAGCGUCGACAUCGCUUACAGAAGCCUUUGAAACGAUUACAUACGCUACGAUGUUGGCCGAGUGAACAUGUUGGUACUCUAGACGACGAAGAUCCAUUUCCUUCAUCUAUCAUUCGCCAAUCUCGCAACCUGAAGAGUGUCAUUUUUGAACAAGCUCAACUACUUGGCCCAGAAACAUUCAUGGCUCUUGCACAAUUGGAUGAACUCACACAUUUGCAAUGCUUCGAUAGCUUGAGAAUCAGCGAUCAAGGAUUACGAAGGUUCCUGGAGAAGCAUAAAACACAAGGCAGUCGAUCAGCAUUACAGCACUUGACACUGGAUCAUGGAUUACAAGCGAUGUCGGAUGAUACACUUGACGUACUUGGUGGCGUUACUUCACUUACAGCAUUGUCAAUGGCCGAUACACAGCUGAUCACAAAGGACGCUUUUGAGGCAUUUGCACACAAACUACGUUAUUUUCCACACCUCGUCACCCUUGGAUUCUCACUGAUGGAUUGUGUCACCGACGUAGCUCUUUGGCAUCUUUACGACUCAAAAAGUUUGAAGAGCAUCGCCCUUUAUGACCUUGCCAACAUUACCAACGAUGGGGUUGCCUGUCUCGCAGAUUAUGACAACCUUGAAUACCUUGAAAUCGAUUGUUGUAACGAAGAGGCGAUUGAACCUAGUCUUGUACGCCUUGUACGCCGCAUGCGAUAUAUCAUUAACAAGUAUACCAAGUCACCAUCAUCAUCAUCCAAAUGA